AUGAGUCUCAGCAAGUUUAACUCAGUGUUAAGAAUUUGCAUACGAAACUACGGUUUCACGGCGAUUCGACGGGACUAUGGACCUGAAGCUGUGGAAAAACUCCGUGGCUCUCUGACGAUUGAGCAAACGUUAGCCAGAAGAGGAGCAGAAAGACUUAAGCAGCUGAUAUGCAGCGGAGAAGGAGACUCGUAUGUUAACGCACUGGGCGCCAUGACAGGUUAGAUAAGUUAAAGUCGUAACAAAAGACAACUAUAUAUUUGAAAAGAUUGCGGCUUUUAAUAAAUACUUAACUAAACUAAACUAAACCUAACGUAACUUAACAUAGCUUAACGGUUUCUUAAAAACAUAGACAAGUACGAACGAUAUUAAGUCCAAGUGUUCGGCAUUAUUAAGGUAAAUUAUAUACAAAAUGUAAAUUGCAACAAGAGAUUUAUGCAAGAAGUUGCCAAGGAAACUAGAAGGUUUAUUUUUUGCGGAAAAUCAAGUUCGGCAACUCUAGGUGUUACGAAAAAAAAACGAAACAAGAACAAAAAAAAAAAACUUUUGAAAGCUAAUUUUAAACUGGAACUGAUAUCCUUUUGGGUACCCCAUAAAGGACAAAUCUAAUUUUGUUGCACAAAGGACUCAGAAAGUUAAAUACUGUAAACCACCGCUUACAAGCUCCCCCAUUUAUAAGCCCGCCCCCUCUCCAGUUAUAGGCUCAUCUACCUGUAAAAAAAAUACAUCUGAUUAUAAGCCCGGGCACCCUCUAGCUUUUAUUUUUAUGUUUAUCUUGAAAUAAAUUCGAUCUAUUAUGACGGUUUGAAACUUUAUUUAAAUGCAAAACUUGUUUUGAUUAGCACUGCUAUAACUUGUUUCGAAGCGCUUUUCUCUUUUCCUUUUCCAAUCUCAAGCCGCCUCGGAUAUAAGCCCCUCGCUUUAUAAGCCCCCUAAUACAUCUUACCAAGAUAUAUAAGUACAGGGAAAAUAUAUGCGGAAGUUAACGGUAAAAAAAAUGUUAAAAUCGCGAUGAGUUGUUUGUUAGCAUUUCAGUAACAUAUCCUUCUGCUGUCCCGUCACAGGUGGUCAGGCAGUUCAGAUGGCCAAAGCAGGUUUACAGUCCAUUUAUCUGAGUGGCUGGCAGGUGGCAGCUGAUAGUAACAUGGCGGGGCAGACAUACCCUGAUCAGAGUUUGUAUCCUGCUAACUCAGCUGCAAAGCUCGUUGAGCGAAUCAACAACGCCUUUAUCAGAGCAGAUCAGAUCGCACAUAUGGAGGGAUCUGACAAACAUAUUGAUUUCUUUUUGCCAAUUGUUGCUGACUGUGAGGCUGGAUUUGGGGGCCCGCUUAACGCCUUUGAAAUCACCAAGGCUAUGGUA